CCAUCACACAAGUUUUCCUUUUCUCCGAUAAUAAAUUUUACGGCGCAAACUUCUGCAGAUCCUAGCAAAGUUUUUCUCCCCCCAGCUGACGAGGUAGAGUUAGCGCCAACCGUGACUGUUUUAGAAGGGAAGGAACUUAUGGAUUCCCUCCUUGAGAGCAUUAUCAAAUGCAUGCAAAUCCAGAAUUCUCUCUACAGACUUGUGUUGCUGAAACUAGAAAAGCGAGCUGCCGAACCUAAAGAUGAAAAUGAUGUUCUCCCGGGGCCCAAGGCGAGUGAUGAGAAAAACGCCGGAAAGAAUCAGGAUUGUGAUCUAGGAACUCUCCUGUGUGAGCUCAAAAGCCCCUUAGAGGCCUUAAUGCGCUCUGCAGAAAUUCAAAGAGGACUUUUUCAAAGAAUGGUCGCCGUGAACUCGAUGAUAACUGAGGAAUUCGCUGACCCGCCUAACGAUGGCGCAUCUUUAAGAGAGGGUCAAGAAUCCCGUCAAGUUAACAUACUGACAGUUCGUUCCGACCUCGAAGAGAUCGCUUUUAAAACCAAAAUGCCGUGUUACUAUGCAAGAAACCCUUACACCAACCAAGAAGUUAAGGCAAUAACUAGCGACGAUGUCCUACAUCAUGUAUGUCAGGAUGAGCGGCCCUUAAGCUCUCGAACCGUCAAAGUUGGGACGAGUGGUCAGCGAGAACUUCCUCAUGGAUUUGGAACCCUAAAAACCGUGACAGGGAAGCUUUUAUACAAAGGAGACUGGUGCAGAGGCAAGCGACAUGGCAAAGGUGAAGGACUUAUUCUAUCAGUGCCGUUAGUGGGUAGCAGCCCAGGCACUAUCGAAAAUGGAUUCUACAGUGGAGGAUGGAAAAACAACAUGAGGCAUGGCAAGGGGAAAAUGACGUUUGUGUCCGGGGUCGUAUACGAGGGUCAGUGGCAGUAUGAUGAAAUGACUGGAUAUGGGACCCUGAAGUGUCCGGAUGGAACCAUUCAAGAAGGGAAUUGGAAGGACGGGUCGUUGGACGGCUGUGUUCUCUUCACCUGGCCACAUGGUGUCACAGAGUACCGCGAGUAUAAACAAGGUCAAGGUCAGCUGCCUUGCUCUAAAAUUGACAAAGAAACUGCUGUAAAGCUUACGCAGAUGAGUUCCAUUAGAUCCCAGCUACUAGCACUGCGUGAAUGCGCGGCUGAGUUGAAGGACGAGAACCUGGCUCUCAAAGACGAACUGAACACAUUGAGAGUAGGACAGGCUGAGUUAGACGAAAAACAUGAAGCGGCUAUUUUGGAACUUCGCCAGUACUUUGAUGGUCAACGUGAGCUCGACUCUGAAAAACUGCGAAAAGAGUUCGAACAGAGGGUAAAAGAUGCAGAAGAGAGCAAAUCGAAAAGCUCCGAAAGAAUACGAGAGUUAGAAAAGGAGCUGGAAGAAGCCAAAGGAGGGAGACUGUGCCAGAUUUGUUUUGAAAACCCACGCGACUGUAUCAUUAUGCCCUGCACUCAUUUGCUGUACUGUAGGACAUGUGUGGCUGAGCAUAAAAGGAAAGGUGACUCCCGCUGCCCUACUUGCCGUGGGCCUAUCUCUGGAGAAAUGUUGUGUAACGUGAAUCACUAAUCAGGGAAAGUUUUAAAGUUUUAAAAGUGGACUCAAGUGUUAGUCAUUACUUCUCCUAAACGAAAGAAAAAUUCACCAGUCACGUAAAUUUCUGGAAACGAAUCACGCCUCGCGCUGAUUCGUAAGUUCACGGAACACGUUGCCUCGCUUCCUGGAAAAUUCACGCAUCACAUUAAUUUUGGCCUUAACCCUUCAACUCCCAAGAUCUUGUUAGAAAUUCUCUUAACUGUCUGCUAUGCAAUUCAUAUGAUGUUAUCUCGGAGAAGUUGGUAUUGCAUUAACUAAUAAUCCCUUAUUGAUGUUUUCUUUAUUCUCAUCACUCGUCUGCUUGAUAUUAUGAUGAUAAUGUAGGGAGAAAUUCUGUCUUGGUCACUCAUGGGAGUUAAACGGUUAAUUGCAAUCACGUAAAAAACCCUUUGGCACCCACCUCUCCGGAAAAAACUACACUCUAUUCUAUAAGAGCGCGUACAAUUUGGCUAAGUCCAGAUGUUCGAACCUACUUUUCAACAGCAACUGAAAUGUAAUCACCGCUUGGCCAUGGAAGGUCUGGGUACGAGACUAAAUUAAUCUUAGUAAUUUAUGCAACGUUGCAUUACGGAAUAGAUUUUUUAGUUUGGAAAUAAAAGAUUUUGUGACAA